CACUAGCUGGAUCGCGCACUCGACGGACAUGGACGAUACGGACUUUUCGCUCAAUUUCGCCACAAAAAACAAGCACAAGAAAGACAAAGCGGAUGCUACGAAAAUCGUUAGUACGCCCACUUCAGAGGCGGAUCUGAACCGAAUCAUCAUCUCCAGACCCACGACCGAGGAUACCUACGAGAAUUGUCCACGCGCCGGCAUAGCCCUGAUCCUCAAUCAUAAGGAUGUCAAGGGACACAAGCAGCGCGUGGGCACCGAACGGGAUCGCGACGCGAUACAAAAAUCUCUGCUCGGCUAUGGGUUCGAUGUGCGCACCUACAACGAUCUAACCUUCGCCGAAAUCAACGACUUGCUCAGAGAGGUGGCACGCGAGGAUCACAGUCAAAAUGACUGUUUCGCUCUCGUCGUCAUGUCGCACGGCGAUGAGGGCAAGGUCUAUGCCAAGGAUAUGGCGUAUCCCGUUGAACGUCUGUGGAAUCCCUUUCUGGGCGACAGCUGCAAGACCCUGGUGAACAAGCCUAAGCUCUUCUUCAUACAAGCCUGUCGCGGCGCCAAUGUGGAACGGGCCGUGGAGUACUCCGGCAUCGUGGUCAUGACCAGGGAGCUGGCUCCAGCUGCAGCACCCACAGCACAGCCCAUCACCUAUGCCAUACCCAGCACGGCGGAUAUGCUGGCCUUCUACUCCACCUUCGAGAGAUUCUACUCCUUCCGCAAUGUGGAGGUCGGCUCCUGGUUCAUCCAGAGCCUCUGUCAGGUGCUCGACUCGGCUGCCAGCAAUGAAGCCAGCCAGCCGGAGGGCGUGGAUCUGCUGCGUCUGCUGACCGCAGUCAAUCGCAAGGUCGCCUACGAGUAUCAAUCGAACACGAAGAACGAGGCGCUCAACCAGAUGAAGGAAAUGCCCAAUUUUAUGUCCACUUUAACUAAAACUUUUAAUUUGCGCGUCAAACCGAAGGCGCCUAAUGCAGCCAAUUGA